AUGGAAAAGCUGAAUUCACCAUCUGACGAAGUUUUAUCUCACGCUAUAAUGGAAAUGAACGAGCCAGUAAUAUUUCAACAUAUGUUAAAAAAUGAACAAGGUGAAUAUAUUUGGAAAUUAUUUGAAUGGAAUAUAUCCGAACUUGCUGAAAAAUUUGGGGAUGUUAAAUUACCAUUUCGAGUUGGCUAUAAUGCUAGAUCUAUGGGUCCACAAUGGGAGGUAAAUUGUUCAACAGUUUUGAUGACACUAUCAGAGUUUAUACAACAUAUAGACCAGCAUGAAAAUGAUAAAAAAUGGUACUACUUUGAUUAUAAGUACAUGCAAGAAUGGUUCAAAAAUAAAUUAGAAAUAAUAAAUUCAGUAAAUUGGAAAAGAUUUGGUAUUGAUAAAACUGGAAAUGAUUCUACUGUUUGGAUUGGAAGUAAAGGUGCUCACACAAAUUGUCAUCAAGAUUCUUAUGGUUGUAACUUAGUAGCUCAGAUUCAUGGAAGGAAACAAUGGAUAUUAUUUCCUCCAAGUUCAAGUAAUUUUCUUCAACCAACAAGAGUUCCUUAUGAAGAAUCAACAAUAUAUAGUAAAUACAAUUUUUUUUGCCCUACUAAAGAGGAUGAGGCUAAUGUAUUAAAGAUACAAGAUAAACCAAAAAUAGUAACUCUGGAGCCAGGAGAUGUAUUAUUUGUUCCUCCUGGUUGGUGGCAUUAUGUGGAAUCAUUGGAUUUUACAGUCAGUGUGAAUAUAUGGUUACCCAUAGUAAGAGAUAAUGUAUCAAGAGUUAAAGAAGCUAUUGUCAAAUUAAUUGUAGCCAGAAUUGGAAAACAUAUUUGUAGUACAUCUGAUGAAGCUAAUUGUACAUUAUCUUAUUGUAUGAAUUUGUUGAACAUUACACUUGGACAAUGUAAAAACAUGGACAAUGUAGAAUUGCCUUCUAAAAGAAUGAAACAUAGUACAUGGACAGCUAAAGAGUUAGCAGCAGAAUAUCCUGUCUAUGUGAAUUUGCUUCAUGAACUUGAAACAAUGGAAUUAGAAGAACUUCUAAAAAUGAAGAUGGAAAGAUUUUCUGAAAACUGCAUUGAAUUUUUAAAAGGCAAUACUUCUGAAACAGAUAUUGAUGUACAGAAUACUUAUUCUUCUACUCAACAAUUAUCUGAAAAUAUUCUUAAUGCACUAUGUCAUCCUGAUGUUGUUAAUAAAGUUGCAGAACUUUUAUUACAAUGUAGUGUGUAA